AUGGACACCACAACAGCCCUGUUGUCUGACAUCACUACUACGGUCGCAAAUUUUGAUCAGAGCUCUGUACUAUGGGCGCUUAUCGUCGGUAUUAUCUUGGCGUUCCUGCUGGGAGCGGGUAUGGGUGCCAACGAUGUGUCAAACGCGUUUGGUACUUCUGUUGGAUCCGGCGUGGUCACUAUCAUCCAAGCCUACAUAAUGGCGUCGAUAUUCGAGACUCUUGGAUCGGUACUAGUCGGGUGGAGUGUGAUCGACACGAUGAGGAAAGGUGUCGUUGAUACUUCACAGUAUGCGGAUGAUCCGAAAGAGUUGCUAUUGGGACAAGUCGCGAUUCUUGGAGGAUGCGCCGCCUGGCUUAUGAUCGCUACCGUAUUCCAUAUGCCAGUCUCCACCACUCACUCAUUAGUCGGAGCCACAAUCGGUUUCUCCGUCGUUCUUCGUGGAUUCAAUGGUAUUCAAUGGAUGGUUAUUGUCAAAAUUGUGGCCUCCUGGUUCAUCUCCCCAAUCCUCUCUGGAAUCAUCUCCUCUAUCAUUUAUAUUUUAGUAGACCACACUGUCUUGAGAACGGCCAACCCAGUGAAAAGUGGUCUCCGGAUUCUCCCAGUUUUCUAUUUUGUAUGCCUUGCCUUCAACGCGCUCAUGAUCUUCUGGGAUGGAUCGAAACUGCUGAAGUUCGACCAGAUCCCAGCUUGGGGUAUUGUUAUCAUCGUCAUCGGAGUGGGACUGCUAGCUGCUGCCUUUGCUCAUUUCGUCUUAAAACCCCGGAUCCGGGCAAAGAUCCAGGAUUCAGAAGUGCCACCAACUCCACCAAUCUUCUCUGAUAUUGAAUCCGGUCGUGGGACAACGGAGCUCAAGGAAUUUGCAGAAGGAGAAACCCAACCGCUCCCACCAAAACCUGAAUCCGAGCCAGGAAAGAUCAGAAAGUUUUUCAUGUGGCUCAUGCCAGACAGAGCUCGAGUUGACAGUCGUAGCACUACACAGUUGUUCUCUACUAUUCAAGUGUUCACAGCGUGUUUUGCUGGAUUUGCUCAUGGAGCAAAUGAUGUCAGCAAUGCUGUCGCACCAUUGGCAGCGUUGAUUUCAAUUUACCGGUAUAAGUCAACGGAACAGAAGGAAUCGGUCCCAAUCUACGUCCUUCUCUACGGAGUCCUUGCCAUCUGUGUCGGUCUCUGGUGUCUCGGCCAUCGCGUCAUCAAAACCGUCGGGCAAAAAAUGUCUGAAAUCAACCCAGCCAGUGGUUUCACCAUCGAGUUUGGAGCUGCUAUGACUGCUCUUCUCGCCAGUAAAAUUGGUCUUCCAAUUAGUACCACUCAUUGCUUGGUUGGUAGUGUUGUCGCCGUCGGUUCGAUACGUUCCGGUGAAGGAAUCAAGUGGUCGAUUUUCCGAAAUAUUGUGAUUUCUUGGGUUGUGACGUUACCCGUUGCCGGUCUGAUAUCAGCGGGAAUCAUGUUGCUCAUCAAAUGGAUUGCUCUGUAA